AUGUAUCUUCAGCGAUUAUUUUCCCUCCACAAUCUCCUUCAACCACAAAUUCAACUCUACAAAUCCAUCUUCUUCGCUAGGUGCAUACAAUCUCUGGCCAUAAUCACUGAAAAUCCACAGACUACAACUAUCUUAAACGUCACCCACGAUGCUGAAUGGACACCCAACUCGAUUUCCUACUCUAAACUCUUAUCUCAAUGCUGUCAAACCAAGUCGCUCUAUCCUGGGAUACAGAUCCAUACCCACCUCAUCAAAGUCAGAUUGGAGAAUAAUCCAAAACACAGGAAUCAUCUGGUUAAUUUAUAUUCAAAGUGUCUAGCUUUUGACUCUGCACGCAAGUUGCUCGAUGAAAGUCCUGAACCAGAUUUGGUUGCUUGGUCCACUUUGAUAUCAGGGUAUGCCAAAAAUGGUCUCUGCAAAGAGGCGCUUUUGGCUUUUACAGAGAUGCACUCGUUGGGUAUUAGAUGUAACGAAUUCACAUUCCCUAGUGUCCUCAAAGCAUGCUCCAUGAAGAAGGAUAUCAUUGGAGGGAAACAGAUACAUGGAAUUGUCAUGGUGACUGGUUUCCAAAAUGAUGUUUUUGUAGCCAAUACAUUGGUUGAUUUAUAUGCAAAAUGUGGUGAGUUUUUUUAUUCAAGGAGGCUUUUUUAUCAGAUUCCAGACCGAAACCGAAACAUAGUUUCUUGGAAUGCAAUGUUUUCUUGUUAUAAACAGGGUGAUUUCUUUAAAGAAGCAAUUGAUUUAUUUCAAGAUAUGAUUGGUAAUGGAUUUAUCCCAGAUGAGUUCAGUUUAUCAACUAUAAUCAACGCAUGCACAGGCUUACAAGAUAUAACCCAUGGGAGAAAAAUUCAUGGGUAUUUAAUCAAACAUGGGUACACUUCUGAUCCCUUUUCGUGUAAUGCACUUGCUGAUAUGUACUCAAAAGUUGAAGACUUUGAAGAUGCUAAAACAGUCUUUGACCACAUUCCUAACCCCGAUAUAGUCUCCUGGAAUGCAAUUAUUGCUGGAUGUGUUCUUCAUGAAUACUAUAAUUUAUGUUUGGAGUUAUUUUUUAAGAUGAAAAGGUCAGGAAUCACAUCAAAUAAGUUUACUUAUUCAAGUGUUCUUAAAGCUUGUUCUGGAUUAGGUCUCCAAGAUUUGGGCCAACAGUUCCAUUCCUUUCUUAUAAAAUCAGAAAUAGAAUUGGAUCUUCAUCUUUGUUGUGGGCUUAUUAAUAUAUAUUCAAAAUGUGGUGAAAUGGAUGAUGCCCAAAGGGUAUAUGAUACGAUGCCAAAAAAAGAGUUGAUUGCAUUAAACGCUUUGUUAUCUGGACACUCUGAAAACGGAAAUGACAUUGAAGCUUUGACCCUUUUUGCUAAACAUAUGGACGAAAUCGGAUUUGAUGAAACCACUUUAAUUAAAAUCCUCAAAUCUUCAGCUAAUUUGCAAGAUGUAUAUGUUAGUGAACAAAUCCAUGGGCUUUCUUUAAAAACCGGAUUCCAAUCCGACCCUUUUGUCAUAAACAGUCUUAUCGAUUCUUAUUCAAAAUGUGGUUAUGUGGAAAGGGCAAAGAUGGUAUUUGACGAAUCGGAUAUCGCUGACUUGGCGACUUUUACGUCUAUGAUAUCUGCUUAUGCUCAAUCGGGACAAGGUGAAGAAGCUAUAAAACUUUACUUAAAAAUGCAAGAUUUGGAACUUAAGCCCGAUUCUUACAUUUGUAGCUCUCUUUUAAAUGCUUCGGCUAUUUUAUCUGCUUAUGAACAAGGUAAACAAAUCCAUGUUCAUACCUUAAAAUCUGGUCUUUUAUCCGAUGUUCAUACCUCGAAUUCUCUUGUAAACAUGUAUGCUAGAUGUGGAAGUAUAGAUGAUGCUAGUCGUGCUUUUUUUGAAGUUCCCGAAAAGGGUAUCGUCUCAUGGUCCGCUAUGAUUGGUGGACUUGCCCAACAUGGAUACGGGAAAGAAGCACUUUCGCUUUUUGACAAAAUGUUAAAAGACGGAAUUGCCCCUAACAACGUUACUCUAGCUAGCGUCCUAUCUGCUUGUAACCAUGCGGGGUUGGUAACUCAAGCGAAACAUACUUCGAAACAAUGGAGGGCGUUUUCGGAAUUAAGCCGACACAAGAACAUUACGCGUGCAUGA